UCCUAAGGGGAGGUAAUUUGCACAGAUCAAGGGGCAGGCAUUGCAAAGUAUAAAUAGUGUGACUUCAAUAGCAUAUCACCAGCAGGUCUGAACUCCGUAGCAAGAAGAAUUGGCAGAGAGCUAUAUAUUUAACUCGAGAUCUAGGUUUGGCAAACAUCACCUUAUAUUUAGGUCGAGAAAAAUAACACCAUUGAUGUGUUUUUGGUGGCUGUUUUGGAAUUGAAAAAAAAAAAAAAAAGAUCGAGAAGAGAAUAUUUUGAGCAGUGAUGGAAGAACUUACCGCCUUCGUGUCCAAGUCUUUUGAUCAGAAAGUGAAGGAAAAGAAGGAAGUCAUCACGUAUAGGGAGGUUCUGGAAACUGGACCCGUGCGAGGGAGGGAGCCGAACUCGAGUGAGCCAAGCCGGGAAGAGAUGAACGCUAUUGCCCGGGGAGGCGCGCGAUCUCCAAGCAGGGAGAUUGACAUGCUGGGGCCGGAGAGAACCAGGGACUCGUGCAGUCCAAAAAUAAUCGAUGGUAAUACAGAUAUGAAAGAAAGAAAAGAGGAUUCCAAGGCAAUGGACGAUGAAGCACAAACCAAAAUAAAGCAGAGGAGAAGUCGGACUAACUUUACGCUGGAGCAACUGAACGAGCUGGAGAGACUUUUUGACGAAACUCAUUAUCCAGACGCCUUUAUGAGGGAAGAGCUUAGCCAACGACUGGGUCUGUCUGAAGCAAGGGUACAAGUUUGGUUUCAAAACAGGAGAGCUAAAUGCAGAAAACAAGAGAAUCAACUCCAUAAAGGAGUCCUUAUCGGAGCAGCCAGUCAGUAUGAAGCCUGCCGAGUAGCGCCAUAUGUCAACGUAGGAGCUUUACGAAUGCCGUUUCAACAGGAUAGUCAUUGCAACGUGCCGCCCUUCUCCUUUCAGGUCCAGGCCCAGCUUCAGCUGGACAGUGCCGUGGCCCACGCGCACCAUCACUUGCACUCUCACCUGGCGGCGCACGCGCCUUACAUGAUGUUCCCCGCUCCACCAUUUGGGUUGCCCUUGGCCACGCUUGCGGCAGAAUCUGCAACCGCUGCAUCAGUUGUGGCUGCAGCUGCAGCCGCCAAGACCACCAAUAAAAACUCAAGCAUCGCAGAUCUCAGACUCAAGGCCAAAAAACACGCUGCCGCAUUGGGACUGUGACUAGCGGACCAAAGCGCCUUACACAGACUCAAACUGACUUGAAAGUCAGAUACAACGACUAAGGCUGACAAACUGUUCCAAACAAAAGACAUUAUGUAUGUUUUUUGUGUGUGAAAAUGAACAUGAAGGAGGACAUUUAUACAGAUGGGGAAAAAAAGUAUAGGCUAUUUAUAAAACUGUGAAUUUGAACAGGAGUUCAUAACACAUAAACAAAAAAAAAAAAAUGAACUCUUAUAUUUAUACAAAAAAGUUAUUGGUUCUGACAAGUCAAAAAUGCACAUCAGGAGCAUCAAGAAAAAAGAGAAAAAAAAGUGAAGAGGUCUAUUUAAGCAAAAGUAUACCACGAAUAAGAAAAAUACGCAGCUGGGACGUUCAGACGUUUGUUUGACAAAAUGAACGAUUCUGCGAAGUUUUACUUUAAUACAUUAUUAUUUGAUGUGACAAGAGGCUGGCCUCGUUUUAAUUUGAAACGUACCAGAGUUUUCCACAACAUUUUUUACUUUGGACCAUUAUGAAAAAAAAGACUAAACGUGGGAGAUUUUUUUUUUUCUCCAGAAGAGAAUAGCAAAACAAUAUGUGCAUGUGUACUUUGCGUUCAUCGACGACGUCACUUGAGUCGGUUGCACUUCGUUUUCAUAUUAAAGGACUGCAGUGUUUUCAGAAGUAUUUUUCACAAACAUUUUGAAAUAAUCAUUUAAAAAAAAAAAGUUACAGCUGCGAGAUUAUGUACUGACUUAAUUCAUAGUUAUAAACUAUGGCAAAAUCAAAACAAUGUCUUGACAUUUAGCCUAUCUAACCCGACCAGGGGUUACACUAUAUAGAUCUGGAAUUCACUGAUUCACAUUUUGAAAAAAAAAAAAAAAAAAAAAAAAAAAAAGGUACAUACAUGUAAAAUAUGUUGAUACACAAGAAGCAAAGUUUAUUUUGGUUAUAUUGUGAUUUAAUAUUCCAUUGUCCAAAUCUUAAUUUUACUUCAUAGAAGUACGUUUAUUCAUGUACAUUUUCUCUGUUGUGAUGUUGGUGGGGGUCUUAUUGCAUAAUUGUUGAACAUUGGGUACAUGAAUGAUGCAGAUUUUCACUUGAUAUGGGAUACAUAAUUAUGGGAUGGUAUUUGCAUUAAUAACUUUUUAUGUGGUGACGCCAAAAAGACAACGCGUUAAUUUAUUCAAAUAAAUGAACUCCCCUUUUGGUAACUAAA